CACAAAUAAAUCUACGCUAUCAAAGUGCAGGAUAUCGCUGCGGUGGUGCUCUUGGUCGCGCCUUCGUGUUGGGGUCGUCGCGGUUGCCGUGCCUACCAAACUGGGCAAGCGCCAAGCUUGGUCGGUGAAACCUUUUGCCGCGCUGCCAUCGUAAUCGUGAAGCUUGAGCUCCCCGAGCACAGCUGUAAUCGAAAAACAAGCAGCCCCUCCAUCCCACGACCUCCGCAUCUCCGCUACCGCGCACAGCCGUAUCUGCCAUCCCCACCUAUCUCUUGCGCUCCCUCACUCCCACAACCAUCAUGGCCGUUCCCGAAACCGGCAAGCGGAUAGCGGAGGCGCAGAAGCUCGCGAAGACGGAGCCCUCCAAGGCCGAGCAGAUCUACAAAGAGGUGUUGUCGACAAACCCAGGCUCAAAUGAGGCGGCGAUAAAGAACUACGAGAUUGCGCUGGUCGGGCUGGGAGAGCUGUUCCGAGACCAGAGGCGGGUGGAUGCGCUCGCGGAGCUCGUCAGGCAAACCCGCUCGGUGCUGUCCUCCUUCGCCAAAGCAAAGACUGCAAAGCUGGUGCGGCAGCUGCUCGAGCUCUUCACCACCAUCCCGAACACCACCGACAUCCAGAUCGCCGUCACCAAGUCAUGCAUAGAAUGGGCCGUGUCGGAGCGGAGGGGCUUCCUACGCCAAAAUCUCGAAACCCGGCUGGUCUCCCUGUACAUGGCGAAGCAGUCCUACUACGACGCCCUCACGCUCAUCAACAGCCUGCUCAAGGAGCUCAAGCGGCUGGACGACAAGCUGGUCCUAGUCGAGGUGCAGCUGCUCGAGUCAAGAGUCUAUCACGCGCUGGGCAACAUACCCAAGGGACGAGCCGCUCUUACCUCGGCGCGAACUUCGGCCGCGUCCGUGUACACGCCGCCGCUGCUCCAGGCGGGGCUCGACAUGCAGAGCGGCAUGCUCCAUGCAGAGGAUGGCGACUUCAAUACGGCCUUCUCGUAUUUUAUCGAAGCCAUGGAGGGCUACCACUCGCAGGAUGAGGCGCAGAAGGCGACGUCAGCGCUCCAAUACAUGCUUCUCUGCAAGAUCAUGCUGAAUCUGGGCGACGACGUGACGUCGCUUAUGACCUCCAAGCACGCCAUCAAGUACGCGGGAAAGAGCUUGGACGCCAUGAAGGCCGUAGCACGCGCCCACACGAACCGCAGUCUGGAGGAGUACGAGACGGCUCUAACCGACUAUCGGCAAGAGCUUGGGAGCGAUCGCUUCAUCACCAGCCAUCUCCGGCGCUUGUACGACAACAUGCUGGAGCAGAACCUUAUCAAGGUGAUUGAGCCCUUUAGCAGGGUAGAGAUCGACCACGUCGCCAAGAUGGUCGGGCUCGACACGGUGCAGGUGGAGCGCAAGCUCUCGCAGAUGAUCCUGGACAAGGUCAUCAUCGGGGUCCUAGAUCAAGGGGCAGGAUGUUUGAUUGUCUACGACGAGUCCGAGCGGGACCAGUCCUACGACGCGGCGCUCGAGACGAUAGAGAAGCUCAGCAAUGUGGUCGACGUCCUGUACACGAACCAGGCGUCGUUACUGGAAUAAGGUGAUGGUUGAGGGACGGUGCGGUAGUGGAGGAUGACAGGGGCCCGUGCGCUGACCAUCCUCCUGGCGCUGUGUACUAUACUAGCAUAGACGGUUGGUCGCGUGGCAGCAAGCAUUACGACGGCCUAUGAUGACCCUUCCCUUUGUCCUUUCUGGGUGCCCUACUUUAAUCGAGUGUUGGUUUCUCUUCCCGCCCGCAGCCGAGCCUCGCUCGGCCUCGUUCAAGCAUAAGCUGGCCUUCAGAUAUAUGAGAGCAUAAGCAAAACAUAAGCACGCCGGGGAUAUUUGC